AUGCUGGUUGCCCGUUUAGUGUCUCGUAAUUGUAGAAGGGCGUUUUCUUCGAAUUCCGAGAAUCACUUUCUUGAGUAUGUUGAUUUGAAGUCGAGGAAUGGCGAUAUCAACAAGGAAAAGUUCAGAAAUGAGGCAGGUUUUAGUUAUUUUGCAAAAUAAAUACUCUAAAAUUUAUAUACUUUUUAGAUAUAUAUACUAAUUAUUUUAGUUUGUAUUUGAAUUUAUUAGUUUGUUUUUAAUAUUAUUGUAGUCGUAUCUCUUAUUUCAGGCAGUUCUUGUAUAUUUCUCGGCUGGUUGGUGCUCUACGUGUAAGGAAUUGACUCCUAAGAUUAAGGUAUGGUUUACAUUGUUUUUAACUUUGCUGUUUAGAAGUUUUACGAAAACACGAAAGAUCAAGGGCUUGAUGUUGUGUGGGUGUCCAGAGAUCGUUCAGCUGAUGAUCAAGUCGAAUAUUAUGAAGAACAACUUCCUCCAUGGCCAUAUGUUCCCUUCGGGACAAAGGAUAUUAGGUAGAGAUGCUAUUUUUGUGUCUUUUACGGUUAAUUUGGAGUUGUUUUGACUUAAAACUAUAUAAAGAUUUGUCUGUUUAUUGUAGUUUUCAUGUUUUAUACUUAAUUGCAUCCAGAGCAAUGUAGUGUAACGCUUUUGAAUGGCUUAAGGUAAAAAAAAUUAAUUUCAGAGGAUUCCUGAAGCUGUUUGAGAUCAAGUCGAUUCCCACGUUGAUAUUGGUGGACAAAGAAGGUAAAGUAGUGGAUGAUGGAGCUCGAGUUCAGGUGGAAAAGAACUAUGAGACUGCCGAAGCUUCAUUGAAGGUUCUGAAGGAAUGGAGGAAGACUUUAGGGUUAAACUAA